CCUGUACAUACAAUAUUAGUUAAUGCACUCAAAAGUAAAUACUUUUAAACAUUUUUUAAAUUUAUUACUCAAUAAUUUCUUAUGUAUUACUUUCAAGUCUAAUCACCCAUUUUUGGCUAAAAGUGGGUCCGAGGCUCAGCUACAGGCAUUCAUUGAUUUCUUAAUUUACAUAUCAGAAUGUAGCAUUGGAUCUAGCGUAGACCUCUGGACAUAGACCAAGAACUGUUCCCUCAGUAGGUCACUGAUGAGAAUCGAUAAACACUCACGAACUGACACCCAUGUCAUAGAUGGCUGCACAUACUAUGAAUUUCAUAUCAAAUUAAUAACUACUUUCAAGUUCUAGAUUUCUAAAAGUUUUCAGUUUCCUUAUUAGGGGACACAAUAAUCUCAGGUUAAUCGUUUUUUUCCUAAUUUUUACUACUUAAAGAGAAUAUAAAAAAUGUGCUGAUCAAUAGAAAUAUGCUAAAAAAUUAUAUCAUUGGAUGAAGUACUUUUGUUUUAUUUAAAGAUAAUAAAGUUGUUGAGUCUUUGAAUAAGAUAUUGCUGUAAAUGCUCAUUGGUAUUGUGCAAGCAUUUUUUCUAUUUUGAUUAAUGUGUGUUAGUACGUGAAAUAUUUUUAAAUCAUUUCACAAAGUUGCCGUUUGAUCAUUUUAAUUUUUACACAGUGGAACAAAUUCUUUAUUUGCAUGAUCUAUGCUUGAAGUACAUUUGAAAUCGUACCCACGUGUGUAGCAAUUCUAAAUAUGACAUUGCCAAGAGAGUCUAAAUCGAAAAUCUAGUUUCAACUUGCAAGUGACAAAUACUUCAGUUUUUCCCACUUCCAGAUCUACAGUAGGUUUUCGAUUGUCAUUCGAGGCACUGUCGAUAAAGCUACAAUAUAUUAUUUUGCCGUACCUCACAUAGAUGGCGAUUUUCUACUUUUUCAAGAGCAUGCGUACAGCUGAGUAAGGUUCGGACGGCUCUGAGGAGCAGGCGAAGCAUCCUUUCUUUAGUCAAUACGAAGUAACAUGGAAGCAUCCUUGCAAGCUCAUCGCGGUUAUUCAUUAAAUUUUAUUUCCUCGGUCUUAAAGAAUAUUAAUAAAUUACUUAAUCUUCUAAUGUCGCAUUAAAAUUUCUACGGCUUGGGUAGCUUUAAAGAAAAUUUACAAUGGGGAACGCGCACAUUGAAAUACACCUAUACAUCAGUGCAUCGGUCUGAUUUUUCUCUGAAUUAGGACUUUAGCUCUAUUUCCUAAAACUUGGAAUAGCAAUGAUUGACAUUUGUUAAAAAAUAUUGCGGUUGGGCAAUACCCGGUUCUAGUUAUUUUGUAGCCUGAAACAUUAAAGGAUUAAGAAGAUUAGAAAAUGUUAAAAAAACAUAUUGCUUCCUCAGAUCUGAAAUACGUGAUAAAUUGGAUUCGUAUAAGUCUAAAAGUAGUGGGGCUCUGGCCAAAUUCUGUGGAUGAAAUGAACUGGCUAUCACAGUACGGAUUUCUAAUAGUGUCAUUUCUAAUAUUAGUUGUCAUAUCCACUCCGCAAAUUAUAUCUCUAAUAAUGGUAUGGCCAGAUCUGAAUCUUAUGAUGAAAAAUCUGGUACUCUUAAAUGUGCCAGUUACUACGUCAAUGAUCAAGUGUUUCAUCUUUGGGUUCAGUAAACAAGAUGUUCGACCGAUUGUGGAUCUUGUUGUGGCGGCCUGGAUGAGACCGAAAAGCGAUCAGGAAAGAGCAUUGAUGAUGAAAUAUGCGACAAUCGCAAAAAUAAUAUACGUGCCAUUUUCUAUAGCGGCUUACGCCUCAAUUCUUGUGAACGUAGCCAUUCCAUUUGUAGUAUAUCAAAGAGCGGAAAAUAUAAGUGAUUAUAUUAAUGAACCAUUUUUCCAAACUGUUAUUAUAUACAAUAUUCAAAAUAGUCCAAUUUUCGAAUUGACUUGCAUCGUUGUGGUCAUUAUGAUUACACUGGCGUGCACAGCGUAUACGGUAAUCGACGGAUUUUUGGCAAUGUCGGUAUUACACCUGUGCUGUCAAUUUACCAAUCUAAGAAAUGAAUUGAAAAGCGUAAUGACUGAAGCAACGAUGAAUGACGGAAAUCAGUUUUUGGAAAAGAUUGGCCUGAUCGUGAAAAGGCACAAUGAACUUAUCGGGUUAGUGAAAUUUUUACUAAUUAACCCUUUGCACUCGACAUUUGCCCAUUUUCGAUGUAUUUUAUUGCCUGAGAGGGGUCAGUCUAGUUCAAAGGGUUAAAUUGACGCGAUAGAAAAAUUUCGAAUAAUUGUUUAAUCGAAGAUUCAGCAAGAGAGUUGCGAGUUCUUAUGCUUGGACAUUGUUAGUACAAAUGACCGCUAGCAUGCUGGAAUGUUGCUUCUUUGGUUUUGGAUUCAUAUGGGUGAGUGCGCUUGACAUUUUUUGCUUCUCGUUGUCUUUGUCGUCGUACAAGUUAUUUCGUUUGAUUCUUAGGU